GCCUGUUACCUAACGAGCUAGCAGCGCUAACGAGACACGCAAGCGGACUCAUUUUCUACGGGUUUAUACGGCAGCAACACCGUAGUUCAUAUCAACAGUGGGUAGUUGUGCACUGACUUUGAUAGAAGCUGUGUUUAAGCAAUGAAAAACACGCUGCGAGCAUCACAAGCUCUCAAAAGCUAGCUCAUUUUAGCUUAAGCGUCUGUGGUUACCAGGGGACCGGGUCAGAGAGCUUGUUGUUUUUAUUGUAUCACUCUGCAGCGUUGCUAACACACUGAGAAGAUGCACGAUAAAUCACUAGUUUGAACCGAGUACGAGGAGCUAUUGACAGCUGUGUGUUGCCCGGAGGCCUCUUCGACCUCGGGCUCUAGUUAAUGUGCCACACGACCUGGCCCGGGAGAGCACAGCGGAGGAGGAGGCAUGUUUGCCAUCACAGAUAAAAGGUUGAUUUUUUACAUUUCAAAGGUGAUUUUGUUGGACAGUUCACAGUUAGUGUGUCACGCUGUGCCAAUCGACGCCAGCUAACUCGUUAGCUCAACAUUCAGCUUGUGUAACUUUGGAUUUGUGGAGCUACUUGGAGCAGAAGUUUGGCUCCACCAUGAGAGCUGCAUCCAGCAGCGACGUGAAGGACUCAUGAUUGAUAGUCCAGUGUGCCAUAAACCAGUCCCAGCUCUGCAGAGAUGCUCCUGCAGCUUCAUGUUACACUGAGUGCAUUCCUGAAGGGAGGAGGAGGAGGAACCUCGUGUCUUCAGGACUACUACACAGAGUCAGAUGACCUCUCUCAGCCCUCCUGGAUGUGAUGUAGGAUCAACAAGUGGAGCAGAAAAAGUGUGACAUUAUCAAUUUGGCAUUAGAAACCAAGAUUACGGCUUCAAUAGCGUUUAAAGGUGCAGCAAGAGCAGCAGAUGGAGGCCAUGGAGGUCGACUCUCCGAUGGAGAUGCAGGGAAGAGGCGGUGUACAGCCAGUGGUUGCUCCUGCAGGUGAAGACCCCAACGCACCACUAGUCAUCUCGGACUCUGGCAGCAGCACUGAGGUGGACGAUGAUGAUGACGAUGACAAUGAAGGACGACAGACGGCCUCUCGUGUGCCGCCCAGACUUCCUGCGACCUGGGCGUUCAGUCAGAGAGCGGUUGGCGGCUCUGCCGCCACACCAUCAGCUGCUCAGGGGGCGCCCAUACGACGGAGACUCAGGCAGGGUCUCAGGGUGCACUACCCCAGCCAGACUGCAGCGCCCUCCAGGGGCUUUCCGGACUUCCUGCUCCGAGCACCGGCCGCCAGUGUGGCUCAACCGGAGUCCGGCAGCACCACAGAGGUCAGCGAGUCUGACGAGGACGCGGAAGCAGAGAACGAGGGAGAUGAAGGCGGCACAUCUGCUGCCGCGGAGCCUGUCGACCCCGUGCUUCCGCCUGCUAGUCCUCGCCUCAAUGCCUCCAUCCAAAACACACUACCACAAGAAGCUGUUCCAACCAACUCCAGUUCAGCUGCAGAUGGUGAGAGGACAGAAGCUAAAAAUCUGGUCGUCCAGUCGGUGUCUGCGGCCUCGGCUUCUCUCCAGUCGUCACAUGGCGAGGAGGGUGAAGGCGACAACUGCACAAUCUGCUUUGAGGCGUGGACGACAGCGGGCGAACACAGGCUGUCUGCUCUGCGUUGUGGUCACCUCUUUGGCUUCACCUGCAUCCAGCGCUGGCUGAAAGCUCAGGGCCCGGCCGCUAAAUGUCCACAGUGCAACAAGAAAGCCAAGCGUUCAGAUAUUGUUCUGCUGUACGCUCCAAAGCUGAGAGCACUCGACAACUCGGAGCAGGAGAUUUUAAAGAAGUCUCUGGAGCAGGAGCAGUCUCUGAGAAGGAAAGCUGAACUGGAAUCAGCUCAAUACAAACUGAAACUGCAGGUCGUCACCAACAAAUAUGGACAAGCACAACAAGAGCUGCAGGAGCUGAAGGCUUUGAUGGCUCAGGCCGGGAGAAGCUCAGUUCCCUCCUCGUCCUCCUCAGUGUCAACCUCGCUUCUCUUCAGUCUGUCUCAGAGGGCGGACGGCUCCAGAACAGCCCAGUACAGCUUCUCCAAGGCAGUGCUGGUGUCUCAGGCUGGAGGCUCCAGGGUUUUAUCCUACUGUGAACCUUUGAGCUGCCUGCUGGCCUCGCAGCCUUCCCCUCAAGCCACGCUGGUGCCUGGUUGCGGGGUGAAGAAGGUGAGUGUUGUCAACAUGAAGGCGAGUCAGUACGUUCCCAUCCACAGUAAACAGAUCCGAGGUCUGUCCUUCAACAGGCAGAAUGACAGUCUGCUGCUGUCUGCUGCUCUGGACAACACCAUCAAACUGACAAGUCUGCUGACAAACACUGUGGUUCAGACCUAUAAUGCUGGUAAACCUGUGUGGAGCUGCUGCUGGUGUUUGGACAACAGUAACUACGUCUAUGCAGGUCUGAGCAACGGCUCUGUGCUCGUCUACGACACCAGAGACACCAGCACACAUGUCCAGGAGCUGCAUCCGCUACGCUCCAGGUGUCCAGUGGCAUCUCUGUGCUACGUCCCGCGGGCGGCGUCCAGCUCCUUCCCCUGUGGCGGGCUGAUCGCUGGCUCUCUGGAGGGCGGAUGUUUCUGGGAGCAGGUCAACGAGACCACAUAUAGGCCGCAUGUCCUGCCACUGGAGACCGCCGGCUGCACUGACAUCCAAGUGGAGACAGAGAGCCGACAUUGUCUGGUCACCUACAGGCCAGGGCGCUCCAACCCGUCUCUGCGUUGUGUCCUCAUGGCUCUGAACAGGACCCCCCAGCAGGACUCGAGCCAGCUGCCCAGCUGCUCCUGCUCUCCCGUGCAGACGUUCAGCGCUGGCUCCUCCUGCAAACUGCUCACCAAGAACGCCGUCUUCAAGAGUCCAGACGGAGGCGGAAUGCUAGUCUGCGCCGGGGAUGAGGCCUCCAACUCUACCAUGGUGUGGGAUGCCGGCACUGGGUCUCUGCUCCAGAAGCUUCCAGCUGACCUUCCGGUGUUGGAUAUCAGCCCGUUCACAGUGAACGGUGAGCACUUCCUAGCCUCGCUCACUGAGAAGAUGCUGAAGCUCUACAAGUGGGAGUGAAUGCAGAGAAACGAGAACUUAAAAACCACACAGAGGAAGACGGUACAAUGUGGUCUGUGUGGAAAUGUGGAUACUCAAAUGCUGCUGAACUUUUAGACACGCAAAAAAAACAGAUUACUGGGAGGGAUCGACCUGAGGAAACCUUUCAGAUUCACAGUUAUCAUUUCCAGUUGCUUCAUUUGAAAACAAACAUCAAUGUUACUGUGUCUGGUGACCUUUGACCUGCACAAGAAGAGUCAGCUGUGUCGUAAUGGAUAUUGUGCUAACACCAUGCUCCCAGUAAUAAGAUGUGUUUACGCGAGUCAAAGGGCAAAUUAUUACCAUGUACGUGAGAACGCUCGGCAUGCGGUCAAUCUGUCCAUUGACCAAUGGCUGAAGCUCGGCCGAGUAACAGAAGGUGAUUUCUUUUGACCUGUUGGUGCAUGUCGGCUCUGAGCUGGUGUUUUUUACACUGAUGGAAGUGAUGCUUUAGUGGAAGAAAAUGGUGUCAGGCCUGCAGUCAAGGCACAGACAGGCUGUGUGUGGUAGCUCUUCAACAACAAAUCACGUGUAUUUAACAUUUUUAGGACAAUUUUCAGGCUUUCCUUAGUUUUUCCUAAAUGUCUACGCAGUCUCUGGUGCUCGUUCAUUUCUGUGUAGUGUGAAAAUCAAUGAGCAGUCUCAUGAAACCAUUGUCUAAGUAAAUUGUCUUACUGAUUUAUUGACUAUAAAAAUAGUUGAUUCAUGUUUAAUCAAGCCUGGAUUUUAAUAAUUUCUAUAUUAAAGUUUCAUGAUAAUGCAGAUUCAUUUAAAAAGUCUGCAUUGCAUUACUUCCCAACUAAAGUCUAAUCAACGUAGUGGCAGUGCUGAUACCAUGAGCCAGUUUUAAUCUUCUCACAGAUACAUUGAUUGUCACAGUACAGUAUAUAUCUGUGACAAGAAAUGACAAAGAUAUGUUUAUGGUCAUUUAAAUCAGUUUGUUAACCAGAGUCCUCUGACAAGUGUAUUUUACACUCCUGGUCACUACUUCUAUUUCUUUAGUACAAUUCUACUUAUAGAUUUUCAAACCAUCCAGAAAUGAAUAGAAACUAUUUAAAGCAGAAAAAAACAAACAGCCAGAGCUACAGCGAGUGUACGUUGAACAUCGCUACUGAUCAUUUUCCAAUUCAUAUCACCACUUUUUAGAUCGAUUUCCCUCCUUCUAGACAGCCAGUUCAUCAUUAUGAAAGAAUAAACCUGGAGAUACUUGAAUGACUGCGAUAAUAAGCUGAUAAGCCUAAAGCUGCCACGCCAUGAAAUACAAAACGGAGCACGUAAUAACGUGAAAGGUUUAUUAUUAGAACGAACAAGAUAUUUUUCAACAUAAACUUGUGGCGUUAGAAAAGGAAGUUUUCUUGUUAUAACAAUAUACUAUUUACCUUGUGAAACAUUUGAUUAUAACAUGAUAACAUUGUAAUUUUUUACUUAUAACAAUAUAAGUUAUUAGAUAAAUAGUAUAUUGUUAUGAGAAAAGUUUCUCACUCUAACGUGAUAACUUUGUGUGUAACAUUUAAAAUAACCUAACUUUUCAUAAUACUGGUCCAUCUUUCUUUUUCUGGCAUGGCAGCUUUAGUGCAAAGACAACAAAUCUUUUAACAAUUCUGGAUUUGAUUUAUUGAAAAAUUAAGCUGUGCCUUUCUGUAGUUACCUAACUGAAGUUUGCAAUGUCUGAGUUUCCCUGAAUCCACCAUGAACAAGAGAUUAGAUAAUGAUCUGUUUGCCUUGAGAACUGUACUGAAAUGAACUGGGGUCAAUGACUCUCUGAAAGAUAUGAAGUUCAUGUAAAAAGCGAUGAUGUGAUUUGGAAUAAUAAUGAUGUAAAAUGAUUUGUAGUUAAGGGGUUAAAACAUGAAACUCCACUGGAUUCCUUUCAAAAUAAUUCCAUCAGGUCAAAGACAGCAAACUUUUUUCCACAUUUAGCUAAACAGUGUUACAGAAGCAAGUUGCUUGGGGGGGAAGUCCAAGUUAUAAAUCAGCACCAGCCACAUGAAGGUCAAGAGUUUUUCUGCCGUGACCUGAAAUUGAAACUUCCCGGUGAAUCUUUAAUCGAUGGACAAAAACACAAGUUGCCUGCUCUCAAAAACUGGUUUACAGAAUCAGUUAAAACUACACUUUGAUUUAAACCUGACUGAAACCCUGACUCGAAAAUGCCCUGGAUGACCACGCAUUUUUAGUAUUUACGCCCUGAAAAACACAUACCCCAAGUUCAUUUUUUUCUCUUUGUACACCAGCCUUCAUUUUGAACAUGUUGGGUUUUAUUUUGAUUUUAACGAUCACUUUUGUCAACCUAAAAAAGGCUCCUCACACAGUUUAUUUAUCAUCUUCUGUCUGAUGCUUUUGAACUUAAGCCCCCUCUGAACCCGAACAUUAAGUGCCAAAAGACUCUGCUGUCGUUGUAAAUUUUACUUUCCUUGUUUUCUUUCUAAAGGAAGUUGUAUAUAUGUAUAUUUGCUACCAACUGUUUGUGUACAACUUUGAAGUUAAUAAAAAUUCUGAGUUAUUUUUUAAUUAAA